GACUUAUGAAAAGUCAACGCGGAAAGGAGUUAUAAAUGAAGGUAGAAGGAACAAGUCUCUGAGAGACGAUUUCACUAAUUAAUUGUACCAUCUAAUAUGGCAAAAUCUCACUCGUCAUCCCGCGCACCGGCGCCAGCCGGCUUCUGGAAGGAAUCCCGCAAGGGUUUCCUGGCAGCCCUAACGACCAGUUUCAUUCUCCUCCAAAUCCUAUUCCUGGGCAACAUGUGCUAUCUCUAUGCGACCCAAUACCAAGAUAGCAGUCGCUUCCACAACCUCAAUUUGUUGUAUGUUGACUACGAUGGAGGCGUGGUGGGCCAGUCCGUCCUUGAUGCCUAUGGAAUAAUGCGUGGCGACAGCUUCCCGUCACUGCAGCAGUCACCCGCCACUAAUUAUCCAGACCCAAGCGAUGUGAGACGGGCAGUUUGUAGUGGUGACUAUUGGGGCGCUAUCUAUACGAAGUCCGGGGCAUCUUCGAAUUUAUCUUCUGCUUUCGCUACCGGUAGUGGCGACCGCAACUCGCUCGCGUAUGUCUGGAAUGGCGCACGGUAUCCGGCAUUCGCACAGAGUGCGAUCUAUUCCAACCUUAUAGCUCUGGUCCAGGUGACCCGGUCAGCAUUCUACUCCCGCAACGCGUCCGACGUGAUGAGUACAGCACCACUCUCGACAAAUCCCGAAAGCCUACAAGCAUUCCUCGACCCGAUCAAAGCAACAGAAGUCAACAUCAAGGUCACUGAACAAGGUACCCGAGUACUCUACAACACUGUUUCAAUGGUGAUGCCAAUCAUUCAGCAAUUCUUCUUCAUGAUGGCCCUGAACGGAAUCUCAUCUCAAUUCCAACUACUCACCAAGCUGAGUCCAACAGCCAAUGGACUCCUGCGGAUGUGUAUAUCUUUCGCCUAUACAUUCUUCGGCUCCCUAUGUAUGGUGGGCUACAUCUGGGCCUUCCGAGAAUCCUGGGCUGUCAACAGCAACCAGUUCGCGCUGUGCUGGAUGAUCAUCUGGCUGUACAUGCACAUCAACUUCCUCAUUGUCGAUAUUCUCACCUCCUUCGUGUCAUUGCGGUUUAUGCCUUUUUGCAUACUGACAUGGGUUAUAAUGAACGUCGCCAGCACCAUCAGUCCCUUCGAGCUCAACCCCGGCUUUUUCCGUUGGGGAUACGCACUUCCUGCUCAUGAGGUGUACCAAGUGCUUGUGCAAGUCUGGAGCGAUGGGUGCGAGAAUCAACUUUAUCGCGCGCUUCCUAUUUUGUUUUCCUGGUGGAUUGCUGGUAUUGUGUUUGUGGUGAUUGCGAUGCGGCAUCGGUGUCAGACUGCGGUGGCGGCUGAAGAGGCUGCUGCUGCUGCCAAGAAAAAGGAGAAGGAUAUCUUGCAGACCAAUUUGUCACGGGGUUCAAGUACGCAGGAUAUUAUCCCGUGGGAUAGACAAGAUACGGUUGAGGCAUCUCAUACGGAACAGGCUGCGUAUGGGCCUAGUUAUCAUACUCCUUUUGUGAGAGAGUGAUGGGGAGCCUUAGCUUUGACGAUGCUUGGUACAGUGCAUUUAGUGAUUCAAUAGAAUAGCAAAAAGCCCACGUUUUACAACUGCGGCCCGCUUUACGAGUAAUGAAUACUGCUCAUCACUGCCUCGUGAGGUUUAAGACUGGUGCGUUUAGGGAAGGGCGGUAAUUCGCUGAAUCACUGUCGGAGCUCUCCGACAGUGGCCA